ACGAUGGGAAUCCGUAGCAGACUGCCUGAAAUCACGGUACCGGAGGUGGAUGUGGCCACCUAUUUACUGGAUGAUAUAGAUCUGUAUGCAGACUGCGUGGCCCUGGUUGACGCCAAGACCGAUACGAGAUUCACGUUUGCUGACGUCAAGGACAAGGUGCGCAGAAUCGGCAGCGCGCUCACGCGGUUGGGGUUCAAGAAGGGGGACAUCGUGUGCAUGUACAGUUCGAACUCCCCCGAGUAUGGUUUAAUCGUGUUGGGGGUUCUCUCGGUCGGAGGGGUCAUCACCACUAGCAACCCUACAUACACCAAGGGUGAGACGAUGAAUAUAUGUGAUAUAUAUGAUGAAUAA